AUGGAGGAGCAGGGCGAGGACGUGGACGUGGACGUGGACGAUAGGGAGAGGCUCAGGCGGACACGGGUCUCACUGAAUCCUCUGGUUUCUCCCCGCGGUCAGGGGCAGCGCCGCCCGGCGUCCUUGAAGUCGAAGGCCACCGCCCUGGAACCUCGUUGCUCCACUGCAAAACGCUUGAGGCUCGUCUCCUCUGCCGCAAGCGCCACGGCGCCGUCGUCGUUCCCGCAACCACGACCUGCCGCUCCAUCACACGUCGUGCCGAGCUUCCGCAGCGCCGACUACAGGGUGCAGAUGCCGACGGGCAGCCCGCUCAAGGACAUCAUCUGGGUGCUCGUCACCGCCAUCAGGAAGCGCAACGUGAGAAUGGAAAGGGACGACGGCGCGGCGGUGCUGCUCAAGGAAGACGACGCCAACGAUGACGGCGAGCAGCAGCUGCUGUCGCGCACCAAGGGUCAACGGUGCCUUGACAAGGCUGCCGUGAUCGUCGUCAAGGACGGAGACAAGGAGCAGGAGGGCGAAUGGUCUCUGUGCACUGCGUCGCUGGGGCAGAUGACCACCACCUUCAUCCAGCAGGGGAUGGCCAUGGACACGCGGCUGGGCGGGUGGUUCAAGGUGCCCGUGGCAUCGUUGGUGUCCGUCGAGGUGGUGUUCGUGCUCCUGUGGGUGGUGCUGCACGACGCCGCCAUCAUCCCGGCGGCGCGGCGGCUGACGGGGCGCCCCGGCGGGCUGACGCAGCUGCAGCGUAUGGGGGACGGCCGCGCUCGUCGAGAGGCGCCGGCUCCGCGCCAUCCACGGAGGGAGCGGGCCGAUGACGGGCUCCGACGUCUUCUGCGAGAUCGCGCAGCUGGAGUUCUUCUACGGGGAGGCCCCCGUCGCGAUGCGCAGCAUCUGCUCGGCCUUUUCCUUCCUAGCGCUGCCACAUAG